AUGCCCCGUUGCACACGCAAAGGAUGCAGUAAAGAAUACGAUUCGGCAGCAAAUACGGAAGAAAGUUGCACGUAUCAUCCUGGGGGCCCGGUCUUUCACGAAGGGCUCAAAUCUUGGUCAUGCUGUUCAGACGUGAACAAGCCUGUUUUAGACUUUGACGAGUUUAUGAAGAUGCCAGGAUGCGCCUUAGGAGCUCAUACCGAUGAAAUUCCCAAGGUGGAAACUCAAAAGCCACAUUCUAACGAUACACUCACCGUAAUGGACUACGGGGCAGGGAAGGAGCAGUACACCCUCGUUUCACCCACGGUUGGCAAAAUGGAACCUGCCGCAGUCAUUGCAGCUCCUAAAGAGCCAGCGCCAGUUGUGGAAGAAGAAGACGAUCUAAGUGUGCCAGUGCAAACUGGUUGUGGAGUCGCCUUUGUAAGCGAUGAAGUAAACCGCAUCGGAAACGGUGAAGAAGCCACCUGUACAUAUCACCCUGCCUCCUCAAUGACCCACAGCCUAUUUUCAGGGAAGGAAGCAAGUGAAAUGGUUAAGGGAUAUUUGUGUUGUAAGCGUCGUGUGCUUGAGUUUGAGGAGUUCCUCAAGAUCGAGGGUUGCAAGAGGGGGCGUCAUGUAUUUGUUCCUAAAGUUAGUAAUAAAGCGGCGGAAGAAUUUACCGAGUGCCGUGUAGAUCAUUAUCAAACACCAAGCGAGGUUCAUGUGUCUGUUUUUGCGAAGCAGGUUGAUAAGGAAAGAAGUACAGUUAGAAUAGAAGAAAAUAAGCGCACAAUUGAUCUUUUUGGUCAAGUUGAUCCAGAGGCUUCGCUUCACAAAUAUUACGGAACAAAGUUUCGCUCAAGAAAGCAGACAACAGAAGUUGGACGCUUCUGGAGAAAACAGACAAGAAUUUGGGAAACAUAA